AUGGCCCAAGCAAUUCAUGCAAAAGAGCGCAUGCUACAGGAGAAAUUCUGGCAGCUUGAAGAAAAAAUAAGACAAAAAAUCCAGCAGGAUAGUGUUGAUACUGCUGCAGGUGACGACCAAAAGAGCGAGGAGGAGAGCAGACGGAGAGGACAAGCUGAGAGGGGAAGAGUUCAGACAAAAGCCAGGAUAUCUGAGCCGCAGAGGAAAGAGCCAGCGACAAGCAGAGGCAUGUCGUCGCAGGAAAGAAGGCGCGAGGAUCUUAGGCAGCCUCGGAAUAAACAAGAUCAGAGAACUGAGGGCAGAGUGAGGAAUAUACACGACGUACAGCAGAGCAGAUGGGAAGGUGCAGAGACUUCUCAGUCAAGAGGAAAAGGAUACAAGGGCACUAAUGAGACCGUAUUUAACGAGCAAGAAGCAAACGAAGAGCUGACCAGAUCGAGAUGGCAGAAUGUAAAAGAGCAUGCCAGAAGAAAAGGUGGAGGUGAAAAAGAAUAUGGCAUUCAGGGAGAAGCAGAGAAAACAAAAUACAGCAAACAAAAUGAGGCCUCUUUGGAUUUUGCAUUUUCAGCAAGAGAAAAGAAAUUUAGGGAAAUAACACAUAAGGAGGUCGAUAGUUCUGAUGAUGACCGAGACAUGCCGCAGAAAACUGGUCAUAGAGCGGUCAUGGAAAACCACAGAGCAGGAAGGAAACCGUCGAGGGAAUCAGCUGGUGCUUCUCAUUACAGUCAGCUGCAGCAGGAGGAGGAGCUCACGCUGACGGAUAACACAGACGGCAGCAUCCAGCUCUUUCCUUGCAAAAUCUGCAACAGAAAAUUUUUUAAAGAAAGAUUAGAAAAGCACAUAGAAGUCUGUAAAAAGGUGAAACAGUCCCAUCGUCAAGUCUUCAACUCCUACGCGAACAGGACCAAAGGAUCAGCCAUAGAGGAGUAUUUAAAAACCCACAGCAGGAGCAACACUCCAGAGGAAAGCCAGGUUUUAAAGAAAAAGAGACAAAACUACAAGGGAAACAUAAGCAACCUGCGUCAGGACCGACUCCCGGCCGGCACCUCGAAGCCUAAACGGCUCAAGUAAGCUGACGAGGAGCUCCAGACCCUCAGCUGUCAGCACAUCAUCUUGUUAUUGCCUGUUUUUUUGUAUAUAGGUUAAUUUAACUGCUUAAAAAUGCUGUUACAGGUCUGCUGUUGUUUGAGUAUUUUCUCUCUUAACUAAACAUAACUGUCUAAGAUAAAACCAGCCUGGUACAAGGAGCACAUGUUGACACCAAUAGGUAGAAUGAGCUACAAUAGCUUACAGUACGAUACACACAUGAUAAAAGACAGCUGCUAGUUUUAUUUAUGGCUUAUACACAAAGGAUGAAGCAACAGUGUGACUGUGACAGACCACAGUUUGUACAACAGCUCCACAAUAUUUGGUAAACGGUUGGAAAAAAAAAAAAAAAAAAA